AUGAAUGAACUGUGUUGUGUUUUCUACUGUGAUCAUCUAGGACCUGAAGUUGCAACUCCAUCUGUGGAGAUCAGGAGAUCUCUUCCAGAUUUGUUGAAGGGAGACGGUGCUGUUCUCCAGUGUGACAUCACAAAUCUCUCCUCUCGUGACCUCUACGUCACCUUUCAGGCCAAUGAUGUCGACAUCUCUGACAAACAAUAUGUAGAACUUCCUGAAGGCCCAGGCCUCCAGUCAGUCAGCAGACGCUUCACUGUCCCUCAGAGUCACCAGAGGAAAGACAAAAGUUUCACCUGCAAAGUGAAUCAAGGCUUCAUCAGAAGCUUUAAAUCUGAUUCCACAGGCAAUAUUUUUGUGGACCCAUCAGUGGAACUUCUUCUGGCUCCCAGUGAAGAUUCAGGACCUCAGACACUCUUGUGUUCCGCAUUGGGCUUCAACCCUCAAAUUAAAUGGGUUUCUGAAUCACUGCAAAGAUCUCCAUCAUCACAUGAUAUCAGCAUGUCUGCAGAUGGACGUGUGGCAGUAACCAGUCAACUCCAGAUCCCUCAGACAGAGUGGAAAUCAGGGAAGGUCUUCACUUGUGAAGUGUCUGACAGAUCUCUGAACAAGAAAGUCCAAAAGGACAUCAGCUUCUGUUCAGCUCAUUCAAGCUCCCCUCCAUCCAUCCAUGUGGAGACUCCCAGCUUCAAGACUGUAAUGUCAACAUCUGAAGUGACAGCCACAUGUUUGGUUCACACUGUUUUUGAUGCCAAGGUCACCUGGAUGUUGGAUGGAAGAGUCUCAAGGAAUAACACUGUGAGCGAGGACAGAAACACAACUCAUAUCACCAGUAAUGUGAGGGUUUCCUCCAAUGACUGGAAGCAACUGAGGCGUGUGACCUGCAAAGCAGAACAUAAGUGUUUCUCAACCACUGAAAAGACAGUAAAUGUUGCAGGGCCUGAUGUUGCAACUCCAUCUGUGGAGAUCAGGAGAUCUCUUCCAGAUUUGUUGAAGGGAGACGGUGCUGUUCUCCAGUGUGACAUCACAAAUCUCUCCUCUCGUGACCUCUACGUCACCUUUCAGGCCAAUGAUGUCGACAUCUCUGACAAACAAUAUGUAGAACUUCCUGAAGGCCCAGGCCUCCAGUCAGUCAGCAGACGCUUCACUGUCCCUCAGAGUCACCAGAGGAAAGACAAAAGUUUCACCUGCAAAGUGAAUCAAGGCUUCAUCAGAAGCUUUAAAUCUGAUUCCACAGGCAAUAUUUUUGUGGACCCAUCAGUGGAACUUCUUCUGGCUCCCAGUGAAGAUUCAGGACCUCAGACACUCUUGUGCUCUGGAUGGGGCUUCAACCCUCAAAUUAAAUGGGUUUCUGAAUCACCGCCAAGAUCUCCAUCAACUCAUGAUAUCAGCAUGUCUGCAGAUGGACGUGUGGCAGUAACCAGUCAACUCCAGAUCCCUCAGACAGAGUGGAAAUCAGGGAAGGUCUUCAGUUGUGAAGUGUCUGACAGAUCUAUGAACAAGAAAGUCCAAAAGGACAUCAAUUUUUGCUCAGUAACACCAACAUCCUCUGAGAUAGUUGGCGUCUAUGUUCAGGGACCAACACUACAGCAGCUUCUAAACAAGGCACAGGUGACUGUUACCUGUCUCCUGGUCGGCCCUCGUCUUAAAGAUUUCUCUGUCACCUGGAAAGUAGGUGGUAAUAAAAACUCAACCCAUAAUGUCCAUACGGAGUCACCGGUGAGUCACAGCAACGGGACAGAGACUUUAAAGAGCUUCCUCAACGUGUCAGCAGAGGACUGGCAUGCAUAUAAACAAGUUUCUUGCGAAGGAAAGCAUCAAUGUGCCAAACAGGGCUAUGAAGACCAUAUCAGCAAAAGCAGAGACGUGUUUCCGCCAACGGUGAAAAUAGUGCAACCAACUGCAUCUGAGCUGUCCAUGUCUGACGUCCUCACACUGGUUUGCCUGGUUUCUGGAUUUUCCCCAUCUAACAUCCUAGUGUAUUGGGUGGAGGAUGGUCAGACACUCCCGUCGUCUCGUUACAUCAACAGUCCCGCCUGGAAACGCAAACAGAGCAACUCUUAUUCAAUGAGCAGCCGACUGAAUGUACCCAGGAGUGUGGACAAAAGGUCGACAUAUUCUUGUGUUGUCAGACAUGAGUCAUCUGAAUCAGCGUUUGAAAGCACUCUGGAUGAUGUGUUUGCCUCAGCGGCCUACAGCGAACCUUCAGCCUUUUUGCUCGAGGGCUCCAAUGAACUCAUGUGCCUGGUCUCUGGCUUCAGCCCAGCAUCCAUUAACAUCACCUGGUUGCGUGAUAAUAACACAAAGCUGUGGAACUACAAUACCAGCGAGCCCCACAGAGGCCCAGAUGGAAAGUUCAGUGUCCAGAGCCACCUACGUCUGUCCCAAGUCGAUUCCUUACCUGGAGUGGUCCUCACCUGCAGGGUGACACAUGUAAACACCACCCUGUCCCUGAAUAUAUCCAAACCAGACACAUUGGAACACUGUGAUUUCUUAGAUGAUGCCCUGCGUGGUGAUAUAUACGACGGUACCGAUGUGGAAAGCUGGUAUAUGGCUUUUAUUUUCAGCCUUUUAUUCCUCCUCUCCAUCAUCUAUGGUGUCAUAGUGACCUUAUUUAAGACAAAAUGAUGACGACCACAGGAAAGAUCUCAUUUUACGACCCAAAUAUCGACUUUUAAUUAUUUUUUUAAAGCAUAAUGACUUGUAUUAUGAUGUUUUAUGUUAUAGGUUUAUAAUAUCCUUUUUUUGGGGGGGUUAAGUUCUGCAUUUACUGUGUAUGUAAGAGAAAAUGCAACAAAAA